CGGCGGGUUGUCCCAGCGCCCCCCCCCCCCCCUUCCAGUCUGUGCGGUCCGGCGGGGACCUUGGGAGCCGAGGAGGAGCCCGCUGCAGCGGCUGCGGGAGGAGGCCCCUGGUCUGCGUCUGCGGUUGCCAGGUAGGCGGGUGUGAGAGGCCCGAUCCUCCUGAUUGUCGAGAGGCCAUCCCGUCGCCGGCGGCACAAUGCUGUCCCCUCAGAGGGCUUUACUUUGCAACCUCAACCACAUCCACCUCCAGCAUGUCUCUCUGGGCCUGCACCUGUCCCGCCGUCCUGAGCUACGGGAGGGGCCCUUGAGCACGUCCCCUCCCCCAGGGGACACCGGGGGCAAGGAGAGCCGGGGCCCCUGCAGCGGGGCCCUGGUGGAUGCCAAUUCCAACAGCCCAGCCGUGCCCUGCCGCUGCUGCCAGGAGCACGGGCCAGGCUUGGAAAACCGGCAGGACCCGGCCCAGGAGGAAGAGGGGGCUGCCUCCCCCUCGGACCCGGGCUGCUCCUCCUCGCUCAGCUCCUGCUCAGAUCUUAGCCCUGACGAGACCCCCGUCUCCGUGUACUCGCGGGGCCUCCCUGGCGACGAGCAUGUCCGCCCUCAGCCCAGCAUCACCCCCCUGGAGCAGGGCUCCCCACUGGCUUCCGCAGGCCCUGGCGCCUGCUCCCCGGACAGCUUCUGCUGCUCGCCCGAUUCCUGCUCCGGAGCGUCCUCCCCUCCUGGCCCUGGCCUGGACUCCAACUGCAACGCCCUGACCGCCUGCCUGGAGCCCCCCUCCCCGGGGCUGGAGGAAGAGGACGAGGGUGGGGAGCAGGACCUCCCUGCCUCCGAGCUCCCAGAGGCGGAUGAUGAUGAUGGGAAAACCGACGCUGGGAAGACGGAACCCAGCUGGAAAAUCAACCCUAUCUGGAAAAUUGACACGGAGAAAGCGGAAGCCGGCUGGAGAGUCGCGGAGAACAAUAACUCUAGCUGCAAAAUCAGUGGGCAUAGUAACUCCAGCUGGAAAACGGAACCCGGACAACUCGACUCCGGGCGCAAAACCGCCUCGGGGGUAGCCGACCCCGGCUGGAAAGCAGACGCGGGGAGAGCCGAGGCGGGGUGCAGGCGUGACGUCAGCGAGGAGCCGGCGGCUCGCCGGACCGUCACGUCUUUCCACGAGCUGGCCCAGAAGCGCAAGCGGGGCCCGGGGCUGCCCCUCGCGCCGCAGGUCAAGAAGGACCGCAGCGACUGGCUCAUAGUCUUCUCGCCCGACAGCGAGCUGCCCCCCAGCGGCUCCCUGGGCGGCUCCCCAGCGCCGCCGCGGGAGGUCACCACCUUCAAGGAGCUGCGGUCCCGGAGCCGCGCCCCGCCCCCGCCGCUGCCGCCCCGCGACCCCCCGGCUGGCUGGGCCCUGGUGCCGUCCCGGCCCCCGCCCCCGCCCGUCCCGCCGCGGAGGAGGAAGAACCGGCCCGGGCUGCAGCCCAUCGCCGAGCGGCCGCCCGAGGAGGGCAGGCCGGGCAGCCCCGCGGCUGGAGAGCAGGCCCCGGCCGCCCGGGAGCCCGUGGAGCCGGGCGCGCAGGCCGGCCGUGCGGCCGGUGCCCCCCCGCCGCCGCCGCCGCCGCCCGCCCCCCGGGCCGCGGCCGACGCGCGCCCUCUGCUGGAAGGCGCGGGCGCGGUGGGAACCCCGCCUCGGGCCGGCCCGCCCCGCGCGGGACUGCGGCUGCUGCCCGUGCGCCUGUCCCCGGUGGGCGCGCACUCGCCCCCGGCCCGGGGGGCCCUACCCUGCCUGGCCAGCCCCGAGCUGGCACUGCUGCUGUCCCCGCUCUUUCCCAGAAGCAGCACCUUCCCCGCCGCGGCCCCCCCGCCCCGCCAGGUGCCCGCCCCCCCGCUGCCACCGCCGCCGCGCCCACCGAAGGCCCCCGGCCGGACCAGGAGCCCGCCGCCUCCGCCCAGGCUACCCCGGAGCUCCUGGUCGUUCGCCGGCGCCCCCGGGGCCCAGCGACGGUGGAUGGCAGAAACCCAGGGUGGGGCCGGCCAGCUGCAGGAGCAGAAGAAAGGGCUCCUGAUAGCCGUCAGCGCCUCGGUGGAUAAGAUCAUCUCGCAUUUUGGGGCCGCCCGGAACUUGGUUCAGAAGGCGCAGCUGGGGGACAGCCGGCUGAGCCCGGACGUGGGGCACCUGGUGCUGACCACCCUCUGCCCGGCCCUCCACGCCCUGGUGGCCGACGGGCUGAAGCCUUUCCGGAAGGACCUCAUCACCGGGCAGCGCCGGAGCAGCCCCUGGAGCGUGGUGGAGGCGUCGGUGAAGCCAGGCUCCGGCACCCGCUCGCUGGGGACCCUGUACAGCCAGGUCAGCCGUCUGGCCCCGCUGAGCAGCAGCCGCAGCCGCUUCCACGCCUUCAUCCUGGGCCUCCUCAACACGAAGCAGUUGGAGCUGUGGUUUUCCAGCCUCCAGGAAGACGCAGGCCUGCUGUCCCUCCUGUAUCUGCCCACCGGCUUCUUCUCCUUGGCCCGCGGCGGCUGCCCCGCGCUGACCACCGAGCUGCUCCUGCUGCUGCAGCCGCUGUCCGUGCUCACUUUCCACCUGGAUCUGCUCUUCGAACACCACCACCACCUGCCCCUGGGCCCGCCUCCCGCCGCCCCCGCCCCGGGCUCGCCUCCGGCCCUGCAGCACACCGUGCGGGCCGUGCUGCACUGGGGGGGGCGGCUGGCCCAGAGCCUUCGGGGGGCUUCCGGGGAGACGCCUCCAGGCCCUUCAGCUCCCGCGAGCCCCCCCGCACCCGGCGGCUGGUGGGAGCAGCUGACCCAGGCCUCCCGGGUCUACGCGUCCGGGAGCGGCGAGGGCUUCCCUCUCCCCCGGUGGAGGUCCUGGCGUCCCUCCGGCACUGCCGAAGGAGCCCAGGACGGGCCCCUGCCCGCGGAGGAAGCGGCACCAGGCAGAGGCGUAUGGCUGGGGAGACUGUUUGGGGUGCCGGGGGGCGUCACAGAAGCCGACGGUGGAGCCUUGAAGUCCAGGAGACCGUCCAGCUGGCUGCCGCCGACAGUGAGCGUGUUGGCUCUGGUGAGGCGGGCGCCACCUCCCGAGACUCUGUCUUCCCCCGAGGAGCCUGAGGCCGCAGCCCCGAGCGCCCCGCAGACCCACAGGGCAGUGCGCGCGCUCUGUGACCACACGGCCGCGGGACCCGGUCAGCUGAGCUUCCGGCGCGGGGAGGUGCUGCGAGUCCUGGGCACCGUGGACGAGGACUGGCUCCGCUGUGGGCGCGAUGGCGCCGAGGGGCUGGUGCCCGUGGGGUACACGUCUCUGGUCCUCUAGGCCGAGGGCCUUUCCAGCCGCGCCGCCUCCCCGGGAACGGUGACCUGUGCAGGCGCCGCAGAAGCAUUGGCCUGUCUGCAAUACGACCUGUCCCCCCCCCCCCCCCCCCCCCCCCAGUCCGUGUCUGCCGAUGUGAGAUCCGCUCUCCUUCCUUCCGCCGGUGAAACCUGCUCGUCUUCUAAGUACGAAAGGAAUUUCCCUCCACCUCCCUCCUCUUCCCUCCCACCUGCGUAAGGAACCGGUUCCCUUCCCAGCCGCACCUCUGCCUUCGUCGUCUGCGAGCGGACCGUCCCCACACUGGAAGGGCCUGGUCUCCUUCCUGCGCAUGGACACCCCGCAGCGCCCACGUUGCUUGUAUUUAUUCUGUGCUCCCGACCCCCCUGCUGGGUGGGCCCGUGGUGCCGGUCCGCCCGCCCCUCCUUUGUCCCAAUAAAGUGUGGGCGCUGAA